AUGGUGGAUUCGCCUAGGAUUCUGCGGCCACGCCCGCGCCGCCCCUUUGAGAUCUCUCCAUCUGCCGAUUCAUCUGGACCCCCUACACCCGCCGAGACUUCCACUCCUGACCUCCUCAGCCCCAACGCCCAUAAUCAGGAUGCUGGCUCAGCUUCCACGAGCGUGAGCCGAACGGGAUCGAUCCUGAAUCUGACCUCUUCAACCCUUUACGGUAUCUACAAACCCACCGCCUUCGAUGGUCUCCGCGACGAAUCGAGCCCCUGGGGUACAGAAGCCAAUUCUCCAGCCUCGGAGUAUCCUCCCGAGCCGUCGCAGCGUGCCGCAUUGAAAUCAGCGAUUGAACCGCGACCAUUUGCAUUGCGACGGACACGCUCAAGACUCAGCCAUGGACUGUUUCGAGGUGUGAUCCUACCACAGGCGCUGAGCAGUGCGUUGCUGUUCGGAUUUGGAAUUGUGUAUGGAGUGAUCACCGUCCACCUGCAUGAUAACCAUUGGAUUACGCCGGUCAAGCUUGAAAACAUCCAUUACUACGAUUCAUGGCAGUACUUGGGCUUCUGGGGGUUGACGGGUAUUGCGCUAGGCAAUGUGCUUCCCUGGUUAGAUCGCUGGCGCGAUUCUGAGUCUGUACGGGAGGAGGAACAGAAACAUGCGAGGGAUGACGAGGACAACGAGGAACGAACUCCUUCAUGGGUUGCAGUUGCUCGCAGUGUGGGCGCAUUUGUCGGCAUUGCUUUUGCUAUGCGCCGACUCCCCUGGCAAUCUACAACACAGGCUUCCCUCACUCUCGCCCUCGCCAAUCCUGUUCUGUGGUACUUGAUCGACCGCACCCAGACUGGUUUCCUUCUGGCUACAACUGUCGGCAUCGCUGGUAUGAGCGCAAUCCUGGGCUUAAAGCCCGAUUUGAUCCCAGCAUCUACUGGCCCGUCCGUGGGAACCGCUUUCCUCAACGGCACUGGAUGGGAGAAUGCCAUGGGAGCAGAUAUCACCCAGGAGAGCAUCGCCGUUCGCACCUGGGUUGCUAGUGUGAUUUUCUGCGCUUGCGUGUGUUUUGGAAAUGUUGGCCGCCAGCUCGCAUUCGGAGCCAGUGGCAGAGAUACCCUGAAGUCUUGA